UUUCCUUAAUAGAUAAGAUAGCUUAGGAGAGAAUGAAAAACCCAUGCACAUAGGCACACAUUCGCAUUAUAGCUGUUCUUGCCAGUUGCUGCCUAGCUACAGUACCUGCAUCUCUUACCUGGGGGAAAGGAAAACAAGAGCAAACACUAAAUGAAAAGAAGAAUAACAGAACCAUCAUGUUUAACCACCGCUAUAUAACGCCAGAUCAACUUGCUGGUUUUGAUAACUACAAGUACAGUGCUGUGGAUACAAACCCUUUGUCUGUAUAUGUAAUGCAACAUCUGUGGAACAAAGUUGUAAAGGUAGUGCCUCUUUGGAUUGCUCCAAAUUUGCUAACGUUAUCUGGAUUUCUCAUAAUUUUGGUCAAUUAUUUUUUGUUAUGCUUUUUUGACUGGAACUAUACAGCAUCAGGUGUUGGCCAUGAACACAUUCCUAACUGGGUUUGGAUCUCUGCAGCAGUGGGCAACUUUUUGGCUUAUGCACUAGAUUCUAUAGAUGGGAAGCAUGCCAGAAGGACUCAGUCCAGCAGUCCGCUGGGGGAGUUAUUUGACCACGGCUUGGACAGCUGGGCAGCAUCUGUCUUUCCAUUAUCUUUGUUCUCUAUCUUUGGAUGUGAUUCAGGAGAAGCUGGACUCUCCACAAGGACCAUGUAUUCAGUAUCUUGUAUUGUUUUGUUCACCUUUAUGCUCUCACACUGGGAGAAAUACAACACUGGGGUGCUCUUCCUUCCAUGGGCCUAUGAUAUAAGCCAAGUGUCACUGACUUUGGUGUAUAUUUUGACAGCCAUAGUGGGAGUUGAUGCCUAUCACAAACCUUUGUUCCUUAAUUUCUAUAUGACUGAGAUUUUAAUAGCGUUACUUACAGGGUGCAGUCUAUUAAUUGCCUUUCCUCAGACUCUAUACAACAUAUACAAAGCACACCAACAGAAAGCACUGCUGAAGACGUCCCUGUAUGAAGGACUUUUACCAUUAAUUUCCCCUACCCUUCUCUUCACUUUGCUGUCAGUGUGGGUUGCAUUUUCUCCUUGUGGCAUUCUGUCUAAACAGCCCAGAUUAGUUUUAUGGAUGGUUGGUGUAGCAUUCUCUAAUGUUACAUGCCGAGUGAUAAUAUGUCAGAUGAGUAAUACAAGAUCAGAACUGUUCCACUGGCUUCUCUUACCUCUGCUUCUGUUAGUUGGCGCAUCAGUAUCUGGACUACUUGGAAUAAUGGAAGAAAUAGCCUUCCUGGUCUUCACCCUGUUUGUUACAGCAGCACAUGUACAUUAUGGAGUUUGUGUGGGGAGACAACUCAGCCAACACUUCAACAUUUAUGCAUUCUCCCUCAAGAAGCGGGGAGGCAACUGACGGCAGGUUUCAGCACUCAACUGUCUUCCCUGAAGAAGCAGCACGAAGACAAAGUAUUAGGCCUAUCAGUGCCGUGUGCUUGAUCCCACAAGAGCUUAUGGCUCCCAGUAGAUAUAUGCAGUAUAUACACUCAGCUUUGGGCUGUACGGCGUCAUUCUGCACAAUCAGGUUUUUCUAUAGAGAUCAGUGGAAUUUGUUGGAACAUAUUUAGGAGUGGUGCUUGAACAGAGGCAACUGAGGCCUGAGUCUGCUGUUGAGAUGUGCCACGACAUGAAGUGGGCCAGAAACACGUGUAUGUACAUGUGUAUAGUAUGUGCACCUAAUUGUAACAAACCCCAGUUAUUGUGACCUGUUACUUUUCAGUGGAGCAUAUAGCAAAUUCUUCUGUUUCAAAAUCUACACCUGGAUAAAUGCACUAAGGGGGAGAAAUCAGCCCCCUCCUGGUUAAGCUAUACAGAUAACAGUACACAUGACAUUAAACUUUUUCUACAGAAAUAUUUCAGUAUUUAACCAUUUAAGUGUCACAGCCAGCUCCUUUGGUUCUUGCUUUGAGUUGCCAUGUAAACAAAUGUUUGGCACAGAUGAAAGAGACAAAUAAUAUUCUAGCAAUAUGGUCUUUAUAUUAGGGAAUCAUAGCUUCUACCUUAAAGGAGAAGGAAAGUCAAAGUCACUUGGGGGGGCCAAAAUGUUAGGCACCCCCAAGUGACUUC